CAUGGGCUAUAGGAGCUCUAUGCAUGGUGAGUGUGUGUCUGGUGUUGUCAUGCUGUUUGUGUGUCUGGAGGAAAUGUCUGAAGAAGAAAGACAAAGACACAGAGAAGGAGAAGAAGGGCAAGAACGGCUUGAACAUGGACACUGAGCUGGAGGGAGGCAACUCUGAGCCCUUGAAGGAUGAGGGUGACACAGAGACCGGAUUGACUGGCAGGGAGGAGGAGGAGCCUAAAGAGGAAGUGAAGUUGGGCAGACUGGAGUUCUCAAUGGACUACAACUUCACAGAGAACACGAUGGUAGUAGGUAUCCUGCAGGCCUGUGAUCUCCCUGCCAUGGACGUCGGGGGAAGUUCAGACCCGUAUGUUAAACUCUACCUUUUGCCAGACAAGAAGAGGAAGUUUGAGACUAAAGUCCACAGGAAGACACUCAACCCAACCUUCAAUGAGACUUUCACCUUCAAGGUACCGUACAGUGAACUGGGAGGCAGGACUCUGGUGAUGACAGUGUAUGACUUUGACCGUUUCUCUAAACACGACGCUAUUGGAGCGCUACGAGUACCAAUGAGCAGCCUGGACUUCAGUCAGAUGACACAGGAGUGGCGGGAACUGAAGAAGGCAGAGAAAGAGGAGUCAGAGCGUCUGGGUGAUAUCUGUCUUUCUCUGAGGUACGUUCCUACAGCAGGGAAACUAAGCAUUGUCGUCCUCGAGGCCAAAAACCUAAAGAAGAUGGACGUAGGAGGACUAUCAGAUCCCUAUGUAAAGAUCCACCUUCUGCAGAAUGGAAAGAGACUGAAGAAGAAGAAAACCAGCAUCAAGAAGAACACUCUCAACCCUUACUACAACGAGUCCUUCAGCUUCGAGGUGCCCUUCGAACAGAUACAGAAGGUGCAGGUAGCAGUGACAGUGUUGGACUAUGAUAAGAUUGGGAAGAAUGACGCUAUCGGGAAGGUUUUUCUAGGCGGAGCCAGCAGCGGCACAGAGCUCCGUCAUUGGUCAGACAUGCUGGCCAACCCCCGCCGGCCCAUUGCUCAAUGGCACGGCCUCAAAGCAGAGGAUGAAGUCAACGCUGAGCUGGCUGCCAGGAAGUGAUCCCUGUCACAUCCCUAGGCAACUCUCUUUAGAAGACUACUUUAUAUUGAUGCAUACUGACUUUGCCCUUCUACUCCUACCCACUUAUAAACUCCCAAACCCUGAUACCCAUCCACCAUUCAUGACCCCCCCCAAACCUCCUCUACUGUGAAAAGUAUUUAAGACACAUUACUAUCUGGGACCUUAGCAUGUAUAUAUCAUGAUA